ACGACUCAACUUCCUUCUGGCAGUUUUGUAUACAUACUUCUUUCACAUUAUCGAUGACAUUAUACUAAAUAUUACUUUUUAUUAUUUUUCCCGUUUUCUCGACCUCCCUUGUGACCCAUAUCCUCAUCAAAAACAUGAAAAACAAUGUGCUCUGACUCCGCCCACCCGACUGCAACGACUACUAUAAAAGUGAGGCCAUCGGUUGCCGUAGAAGCAACGAUGCAUCUCAGUGAAUUUUGGAAUAUUUUUCUGAAAAUCGUACAGUACACCUCCGCGUUUAUGUCGGUUUCGUUGAACUGUAUUCUCAUAUUUUUGAUUUUGGCGCAUUCGCCGAAGAAGCUCGGGAUGUACAAGUACUUGAUGAUCUACAUAUCCAGCUUUGAGGCUCUCUACUCAUUAUGGGAUGUUACCACUGAACCGAUGGUUCACUCGUACAAAGCGGCGUUCGUUGUGUUCCGAAACUUUAAAAAUUCGGAUUUUGACCGUGAGCAUAGCUUCAUCCUCAUCGUGAUCUACUGUGGCUGCUUCGGCUUCUCGUUGGCAAUCUUCGGUGUUCACUUUGUCUAUCGUUAUGGUGCAGUGGUGAAAGAGUUCCGUGACAAGUGGCUCGGCGGGAAAAAGAUCUACAUUCUGUUCUUCAUGCCGAUUUUCUACGGAACAUGGUGGUCUGUCCUUUGUUAUUUGUACUUUCAUUUCGAUGAUUCGACGGAUGAUUAUAUGAGAAAAACGAUAUUUGACGGGUAUGACACUAAGAUUGAGGACACCUCCUACAUCAUUGUCCUCUUCCACCCUGUUGAUAAAAAUGGAACUUCUCAUCCGGAUCCGGCGGUUUUUGCCUCGAUCGCUUGUAUGUGGUUCAUGAUUCUAAGCUCAGUGUUCUCGGUAUUCUUCUUCGGAAUCAAAUGCUAUUUUCGUAUAACUGAAGCGCUUUCAAGAACAUGCAACGUGUCGAGUGUCACUAAGGGAUUACAGCAACAGCUUUUUCAGGCACUUGUUGUUCAGACUUUCAUCCCCCUGAUCCUCAUGUACAUCCCCAUCGCAAUCCUCUUCACAUUUCCGAUGAUUGCUGUGGAUAUUGGAUUUGCGAGCAGCUUCGUUGCGAUGACAAUUGCAGUUUAUCCAGCCAUUGAUCCCCUGCCAAACAUGUUUAUUAUAAAAAAUUAUCGAAAAGCAGUUUUUGCCUUUUUCUCUGCCAUUUUUCGCAAUCCGUGUGGGUCAAUCCGCCGUGCUCAGUGUACACAAAUCGAAUUGGUAUCAAAAAGUGAAACUCCGAAGAAUAUUGGCUUGUAAAAAUUUCUUACCGAUUUUUUUCCCAUGUGCUUUUCUGCAUUCCAAAACAAUAUUUUUUCUAUGAUAAUCCUGUGAAUAAAUUGUUCCAAUAAAAAAUAAAAGUAAAAUAUUG